AUGGAUAAAAUUAAAAUAAGAAAACCUAACUGGAGUGAGAUUGAGCUGGAGGUGCUAAUAGAGGCUUACUGUAGAAAUUUUAAGGUUAUUCGGGGCAAAUUCUCGCCUGCUAUAACAUCGGAUACAAAGAAAAGGGCUUGGGAAGAGAUAACAGAAAGAGUGAAUGCUGUAGCAGUAUCAUGCAACAGAUCACUAGAUGAAACAAAAAAGAAAAUACAGGAUAGUUUGUCCAGUGUGAAAAAGAAGGAGGCUUUCCGGAAGAGAGAAGCAUCAAAAACAGGUGGUGGACCCUGUACAGAAAUAAUUUUUAAGCCAUGGGAGGUGUCUCUUCUUGGUACUAUUCCAACAGAGAUGAUACAUGGAUUAGAAGGGGCAGUGGAUACUAAAUCAGAUGCAGAUCAAGGUCAAACAAAGGGGAAAUUGGAUUUGAAUUGUGAUUUGAAUUGUCCAGGAGCAACUGGAGAUUGCAGUGCAACAUCUAACAAUGUUUCAGAAUGUGUGGUUGACAUACAUGUAACUUCUGAAGAGCCCUCAAUUCCAUGUACUGGUAUCUUUGCCAUCACAAACGUGCAAGAGUAAAAAGAGUCUGGAACCAGUAGGAAAAAUGAGGACUGGAGAAUAUGGUAACAGUUAAAAGAAUUUCCAUCAUUAAUAAAAACAAGACAUCAAAAUUCAACCUUGUGAAAUUUCUAUCUAGUUAAGUUCAUGACAAAUGGUUUCUGAAGAAAAAUUCAAGGUAGAUUUAAAACAUGCAUGUGUAGAGAAUGAUAUUCAAAUGGUCAACUUUUAAUAACCUCCAAGGA